UGUUGGUGGUGUGAUCACCCUCAACGAGCCUUAUGAAACUUUGGUUCCAACAUCCUUAUACUAUGCACAUGGAAUAGACCAUUUGGUCAUUCCUACCAGAGAUUACCUCUUUGCCCCUUCAUGUGUGGACAUUAAUCGAGCUAUUCAUUUCAUUCAUGAGAACGCAUCUUGUGGGAAGACUACUUAUGUACACUGUAAAGCUGGGAGGGGAAGGAGCACAACCAUUGUGCUAUGCUAUUUGGUUGAGUAUAAGCACAUGACUCCUGCUGCUGCACUGGAAUACGUGCUGUCUAGAAGACCUAGAGUGCUGUUGGCUUCUUCUCAAUGGAAGGCCGUCCAAGAAUUUUGGUGGCAGAGAUUAGCUCCUACUCCACUGUCUCUCUCAGGAGAUGCUGUUCUGAUUACAAAAGCAGAUUUGGAAGGGUAUCAUAGCCCUUGUGGUAGUGAUUCCAGCAAGGAGCUGGUAAGUGUCCCCAGAGUGGCAAGGACUAGACCCAUGAUAGCAAGGUUAUCCUGCCUCUUUGCAUCCCUUAGAGUUUCGGGUGGCUUCGGACCUGUCUCAAGGCAGCUGGCAGAGGCACGCGCUUGCUAAACCCCGCACUUUUUAUUGAGCGGGUUGUUUGUGCAGAAAAGCAUUAUGUUAAAUGCAUCAUCUAUUUUCCCUGCUUCCGAUAGCCUUGUGUUUAUGAGCGAAUGAGAACUAAUAGAAAUUAAAGGAAGGGGACAGCUGAAGCGCUCUGCAACAUUGUGUAUGCUGGAGUUAAGGUAUGACUUUAGUUUUUACCUGUGUAAUAUAAUUACAUCAGGUUGUGUAAUUCAUACUUCAUCAGCUCAUAAACAUAUACUAGUGGGUCAUUUAUGUAUUCUGCGACCUCCAUGGGUCAUUUUCAAAGAGUGUGUCCAUUCCAUUCUGAACACUCAUUUACCUCCACUGUCAACCCUCCAAC